AAGAACACGGAAGAGCAGUGCCGGAAGGGCUGGUCCUUGAAACUGGAGCAUGACGGGAGAAACUUACAUCUAGAAAGAGCCAACUUGGGCUUGAAUUUGUCUGCAAAUACUUCUCACAGUGCUGAUUCUCAGCAUGCUUCAUCUUUCAAAGUGAAACUGGAGUCUUGAUUCUGUUAAGACAGAGGAACUGAUGCAGGGAGAGAGACGCUGAGGCAUGCGAUGACACGGAAACAGAACCAUUUUGGACCUGAUGAUCACAUAGUGCCCCUCUGCACUGCUCCCAGCCUUUGGAUAAAAGGAUAACUCCUGGAGUGAAAUAAGUCACAUGUUUUCUGACCUGUUACUAGCACACGCUUUUUGGAAGGAACUUGCACACCUCAUCGUUUUGAAGGGAAAUAAUCCUCCAAGAAAGCGCAGCCUGUCCUCCCAUCACUGUAAAAACUUCCUGAAACUGGAACCAUGAUAGGUGGAGUAGGAAACUGCUGCAUUAACGAGCACUUAUUACUUUGUUACAACAUACUUUCUAUCCAAAUCUUGAUGUGAAAUGGGUACGAACUUCUACAAACUCCUUUUUGACAUUUCUGAGGCUUUGGUCACAGAUGACCUUGCGGCUAUGAAGUUUCUCAGCAUGGAGCACAUCCCCGUGAGGAAGCUGGAAGCCAUCCAGGAGCCCAAGGCCUUCUUGAGAGAGCUGCAGGAGAAAGGCAUGAUCCAAGAGGGGAACCUGUCCUUCCUGAAGGAGCUGCUCUACCGGAUCAGUCGGAUCGACCUCCUGGAAACCCUCCUGGGCUCUAGCGGACAGGAGGUGGAGAGGGAGCUUCAGAUCCCAGGCAGGGCAAAGGUGUCAGCCUACAGGCAACUGCUAUAUGGAAUUGCAGAGGACUUGUCUCCAGAAGACGUAAAGUGCGUGAAGUUCCUGCUCCGAAAACGAAUACCCAACAGCAAACUCCAGGAUAAUGCUUCAAUGCUGAAGGUCUUACUGGAAAUGGAAAGAAAAGCGUUAAUUAAAGAAGAUGACCUGUCAAUGCUGAAAGAUAUAUUAAAGGGAUUUAGAGCUGACAUCACAAAAAAAGUUGUUACCUUUGAAGAACAAAAAAAAGAAAAUGAUUGUAAGGAAAAACUCCUCUAUCCAGCGCCUGUAUCUGUGCAUCCAGCAAGGCAAACAGCAGAGAGUGAGACACGACACCUGGAGACCUCGAUCAAGUCUGUCGGUUCUAAUAUCAAGGAUAACAAAGAAGCGUGUCUUACCCAAGGCUUCUCUGAAAUAAAGCUGGUGCUGCGUGGAGGACUCAGCAAUGCAGAAAAUGAAUCCAAGAAGGUGAAAAGCUACAAAAUGGAUGGACCACACAGAGGAUUUUGUCUUGUUAUUAAUAAUGUUAAAUUCAAUCAGUCUCUUAGUGAAAGGAGGGGUUCUUUCAAAGAUGCUGAGGAACUGGAGCGAGUAUUCACAUGGCUUGGUUUGGAUGUGAGGAUUUACACAGACCUGACAUCUCAGAAUAUUAAAGAACUCAUGCAAACUUGGCAGCAGUUGCAAGAUCACAAAGACAGGGACUGUUUUAUAUGUUGUAUUCUGUCUCAUGGAGAGUCAGGAGCAGUCUAUGGGAAAGAUGAGGAACUUGUAUCGAUCCGCACAAUCAUGUCCUACUUCACUGCAAGACAGUGUCCACAGCUGGCAGAAAAACCCAAACUCUUCUUUAUCCAAGCAUGCCAGGGUAAAGAGAUACAGUGUGGUGUCCCUGUUAAAACUGAUGCACGAAUUCCAGACUCAUCUUCCAUGCAACAGAGCUUUUCUCCUUCUGAAAGUAUUCCUGAAGAGGCUGAUUUCCUCCUAGGCAUGGCCACUAUUGAUGGAUAUGUCUCCUUCCGGCAUAUUCAACAGGGUGCUUGGUACAUUCAGGCCCUGUGCAGCAAGCUACAGCUGUUGGUACCAAGGGGUGAAGAUAUUUUGUCAAUUCUUACCGAAGUUAAUGAAGAUGUGGCCAGACGUGUUGACCGCUUAGGCACAAAGAAGCAGAUGCCCCUACCAGCAUAUACCUUAACAAGAAAACUUAUAUUCCCAAUACCUAGAGACCCUCCUCCUUCACAGCAAUGUGGAGGCUUUUGAAAUACAUCCUUUUAUCAGCACAUUCCACUUAAAUGCAGUUCACCACAUGACCUGUUUUAAAGCAGGUAUCCAGAAUCCCGAGGGACUGUUAGCUUCAAGGCAAAGUGUCAUAAUUUUUUUCCAUCCUGGGAAACUGGAGGAGAUGCAGUUAAAACAAUCCAUGUGCUAGCUAGUUACAUCAUCUAUAUAUUUAGUGUUAUCAGGGCUGGAGAAGCAUGCUUCGGUCUUGUUAAAUGU